GGGAAGUGGGGAAAGGGCUCUGAGGCUGGGCCCCCUCCCUGUGGCCGCACCACCACUGACCUUUGCACAAACAGCCGUUGGAGAGGAUAUAAAGUGGGAACUCGGGGCAGCCCCCACUGAGCAAAGCCAAAGCACAGCGUGGCCAGCCAUGAAGGUCUCCAUCCUGUUCCUGCUCAUCUGCACGGCCAUCCUGGCGGUGGGAGCACGAGCUGAUGCUCCCGAUAAGACAGAUGUGGUGGUGAAGAAGGUGCAGGAGUACGUCAAGCAAGCCACGGAGGCAGUCAAGACGGCCUUCACCACAGUGCAGGAGUCAGAGGCAGCUCAGCAAGCCAGGAGGUGGCUGUCAGACAAUGCCAACCUGGUGAAGCAGCAGCUGGCACGGCUGAAGGAGCAGCUGGCCGAACUCUGGAAGCUGACGCCGACCUCAUAGCCCGGCUGUGGGCUGGUGGGGGCUGACUGGGUGCAGGUCCUGCCCCCAUCCCACAUGCAGCACCGUUUCCCUUUUGUUGUGGUUCUUGAAAUAAAGUGGAGCUGGAGUGA